AUGAACAACUUUAAUCCUUUGUCCAAAAUUGUGGAUGAUAAUCGUUUGACUAGAUCAAACUAUGUGGACUGGAAGAGAAAUUUAAUAAUUGUCCUCACUGCUGAAAAAUUGAACCAUGUCCUAACCACUGAUCCACCUGCGCUUCCUGAGGCGGUUGCCACUGAUGAACAACGUGAGGCUGUUAGGAAGUGGCGUGAGGCUGUUAGGAAGUGGCAUGAGGCAGAUGAUGUUGCAAAAUGCUACAUAUUGGCCUCAAUGGCCAAUGUGUUGCAAAAGCAGCAUGAGGGUGUUCCUACUGCAAAAGACAUGAUGAUUAACUUGAAAGAAAUGUUUGGAGAACAAAGCAGAAGUGCACGCCAAACAGCCAUAAAAGGUUUGAUGUCCACUAAAAUGGUGGAAGAUAUUGAUGGUGAAACUAAAAUUGAUGCGAUACUUUCAUCUUUACCAGAUUCUUAUAGUUAG